AUGGAGGAGGGGGCGUUGCAGCAGCCUGGAGCACGCCAGCAGCCUCCAGAGGAUGAGAAAGAGCUGAUCCGCCGAGCCAUCCAGAAAGAGCUGAAGAUCAAGGAAGGUGUAGAGAAUCUAAGGCGGGUCGCCACAGACCGCCGCCACCUGGGCCACGUGCAGCAGCUCCUGCGUUCCUCUAAUCGCCGCCUGGAGCAGCUGCAUGGGGAGCUUCGGGAGUUGCAUGCCCGCAUCCUGUUGCCUAGCCAUGGGGCCGGCCCGGCUGAACCUGUGGCUUCAGGACCCCAACUGCGGGCAGAGCUACCAAGGGCUCGGCACCUGGAGGCUCUACAGAGGCAGUUGCAGGUGGAGCUGAAAGUAAAACAGGGGGCUGAGAAUAUGACCCACACAUGUGCCAGUGGCACCCCUAAGGAAAGGAAGAUCCUGGCAGCUGCUCAGCAGAUGCUUCGGGACAGCCAGCUGAAGGUGGCUCUACUUAGGAUGAAGAUCAGCAGUCUGGAGACCAGUGUGUCUCCUGAGCCAGGUCCUGAAUUGCUGGCGGAAGAGCUUCGGCAUCGACUUCGGAUUGAAGCUGCUGUGGCUGAAGGUGCUAAGAAUGUGGUGAAAUUGCUGGGCAACCGGCGAACACAGGACCGAAAGGCACUGGCCGAGGCUCAGGUCCAGCUCCAUGAGUCCUCUCAGAAGCUGGACCUUCUGCGCCUGGCCUUGGAGCAGCUGCUAGAGGGACUGCCUCCUGCCCACCCACUGCGUGGUAGUGUGGCCCGGGAACUGCAGACUGCUGUGCCUGGGAAUCCUCAGCCUUCAGGGACACUUGUGAAGCCCACCACCCUGACAGGGACGCUGCAGGUUCGCCUCCUGGGCUGUGAGCAACUACUGACAUCUGUGCCUGGGCGUUCUCCAGCAGCUGCACUAGCCGGGAGCCCCUCUGAGGGCUGGCUACGGGCUAGGGCCAAGCAGCAUCGUGGUGUGGGUGAGCUAGCCAGUGAAGUGCUAGCGGUGCUGAAGGUGGACAAUCGUGUUGUGGGUCAGACAGGUUGGGGGCCAGUGGCCAACCAGUCCUGGGACCAGACCUUUGUCAUCCCUCUGGAGCAGGCCCGAGAGCUGGAGAUUGGAGUGCAUUGGCGGGACUGGCGGCAGUUGUGUGGUGUGGCCUUCCUGAAGCUUGAGGACUUCCUGGACAAUGCCUGUCACCAGCUCUCCCUCAGCCUGGUACCUCAGGGGUUGCUCUUUGCCCAGGUGACCUUCUGUGACCCCGUCAUUGAGAGGAGGCCUCGGCUGCAGAGGCAGAAACGAGUGUUUUCUAAACGCAGAGGCCAGGACUUCUUAAGGGCUUCCCAGAUGAACCUCAGCAUGGUGGCCUGGGCACGGUUGGUCAUGAACCUGCUGCCCCCCUGCAACUCCCCAAGCACCAUCAGCCCCCCUAGAGGUUGCCCCCAGGCCCCAACUACACCCCGGGGGACUGCUGACCCUGCCUCCCCCAGUAAUUUCCCACCUAGAAAAGCCCCUUUGGGAGAAGAGACGAAGCCCCCACCCAAGCCUCCGCGCAUCUACCUGCCCCGAGAGCCCACUCCUGAGGAAACUCCGUGUACCAAGCGCCCUCACAUAGAGCCCAGGACAGGACUGAAGUCGUCUCUCCCAGCCUCACCCACCAGGAAACCCCCGCAACUUCAGGACUUCCGUUGCUUGGCAGUGCUGGGCCGUGGGCACUUUGGGAAGGUCCUCCUGGUCCAGUUCAAGGGGACGGGGAAAUACUACGCCAUUAAAGCAUUGAAGAAGCAAGAGGUGCUCUGCCGGGAUGAGAUCGAGAGCCUGUAUUGUGAAAAGCGGAUCCUGGAGGCUGUGGGCCGCACUGGGCACCCUUUCCUGCUCUCCCUUGAUGCCUGUUUCCAGACCUCCAGCCAUACCUGCUUCGUCACUGAGUUUGCACCUGGAGGAGAUCUCAUGAUGCAGAUCCACGAGGACGUCUUCUCUGAGCCCCAGGCCCGGUUCUAUUUGGCUUGUGUGGUCCUGGGGCUGCAGUUCUUACACGAAAAGAAGAUCAUUUACAGGGACCUUAAAUUGGACAACCUCCUACUAGAUGCCCAGGGGUUUCUGAAGAUCGCAGACUUUGGCUUAUGCAAAGAAGGGAUCGGCUUUGGGGACCGGACAAGCACCUUCUGUGGCACCCCGGAGUUUCUGGCUCCCGAGGUGCUAACCCAGGAGGCUUACACGAGGGCAGUGGACUGGUGGGGCCUGGGUGUGCUGCUCUAUGAGAUGCUGGUGGGUGAGUGCCCAUUCCCAGGAGACACUGAGGAGGAGGUGUUCGACUGCAUUGUCAACAAGGCUGCCUCUUAUCCCCGCUUCCUGUCUAUACAAGCGCUUGAGCUCAUUCAGAAGCUCCUCCAGAAGUGCCCAGAGAAGCGCCUGGGGGCAGGUGAGCAGGAUGCUGAGGAGAUCAAGAUACAGCCUUUCUUCAGGGCCACCGACUGGCAGGCCCUGCUCACUCGAACUGUCCAGCCCCCCUUUGUUCCCAUCCUCUGUGGCCCUGCAGACCUGCGCUACUUUGAAGGCGAGUUCACAGGGUUGCCACCUGCUCUGACUCCACCUGACCCCCGAAGCCCACUCACUGCCCGCCAACAGGCAGCCUUCCGGAACUUCGAUUUUGUGUCAGAGCGAUUCCUGGAGCCCUGA